GAGUACAAGCUCAUGUACGGCAUGCUUUUUUCCAUACGCUCAUUCGUCAGUAAAAUGAGCCCGGUGGACAUGAAAGAUGGCUUCCUCACCUUCCAGACCAGCAAGUACAAGCUGCACUACUACGAGACACCGAGCGGUGUAAAGAUGGUGAUGAACACAGAUCUGAGUGUAGCCAACGCACGGGACGUCCUGCACCAGAUCUACAGCACGAUUUACGUGGAAUACGUGGUGAAAAACUCCCUCUGUCCUCUCAACGAGCCCAUCCAGAGCGAACUUUUCAAGAGCAAACUAGACAUGUUCAUCCGCAGUCUGCCGUACUUCUCUGCUCGUGCUGGCUAGGGAUGACCGGCGGUGUCCCCUUUUUUUUCUUCUUCCUGACCACUUCCUCC